UAUGUGGAUGUCCUUUUAAAGGAGUUUGAGAAUUUUAACCAGAGACUGGGAGAUGUGUCGAAAAUAGUUCGGAUUCCUCUGCCUGUGUCCAAUGUCUUAUGGGAGCACUGCAUCCGUCUGGCCAACAGGACAUUAGUGGAGGGCUAUGCAAAUGUGAAGAAAUGCAGUAAUGAAGGACGUGCGCUGAUGCAGCUGGACUUCCAGCAGUUCCUGAUGAAGCUGGAGAAGCUCACCGACCUCAGACCAAUUCCAGACAAGGAGUUCGUAGAGACCUACAUCAAGGCAUACUACCUUACUGAGAAUGACAUGGAGCAGUUCAUCAAGAACCACAGGGAGUACUCUAUGAAGCAGCUGACUAACCUGGUCAACGUCUGCCUCGGGUCCCACAUCAACAAGAAAGCGCGACAGAAACUCCUCGCAGCUAUCGAUGACAUUGACCGUCCGAAAAGAUAAAUAAAUGUCACUGAACUACCCCACCAAACCCCACAGAACGGU